CUCACCAAGCUCCAUGUUUCAGUAAAAAGCCACUUAACCUAGCAGACCACUUCAACAAUCUUGUUGAAGUCGGUGAAGGGCACCAAGUAUGAGAGGCACCAGCCUCCUAAGGAGGCCAUGGAGACCUCUGACAGUGUGUUCCAGCUGCGCUCGACGGGUAUCUCUUUCCGUCUCGCAACGACGGCUGAGGAACUUCUCUAGCGGCAGUCAUUUCGCAGCAGGCGCGGAUGUGCAGGCGCUAGAAAGCAGGACGUUAUGGAAGCGACCAAAGCAACGGGAAGAGAGGCAGACGUAUGAAUUGCCUGACACGCCAUGCCGCACUCGCUUCGCCCCUUCUCCCACUGGCUACUUGCAUCUGGGCUCUCUGCGGACAGCCUUGUUCAACUACCUCGUAGCAAAAGCAACCGGCGGCCAGUUCGUUCUACGCAUCGAAGACACCGACCAGAGCCGCUUGGUACCAGAUGCAGAACAGAGACUGUAUGAAGACCUCAGGUGGGCUGGUUUGUCCUGGGACGAAGGUCCGGAUGUGCAAGGCCCAUAUGGUCCAUACCGACAGUCCGAAAGGCUUGCGCUUUAUACCGAGCAUGCAGAUAAACUGCUGCGUGAGGGCAAAGCGUACAGGUGCUUCUGUUCCCCGGAGGCCCUGGAGGAGCACAAGAGAGUAGCCCAUGCGCGCGGAGAGUCAACCCGAUAUCCGGGCACCUGUCGAGCAAUCUCCUCUGAGGAGUCCGAUGAGCGCGCUGCCAACGGACAGGAGUUCGCCAUCAGGUUCAAAAGCGCUGCGGAGCCCACCACUGUCCGAGACAUUGUAUACGGCAAUUACCGAAAGAAGGAAGCAGAGGACGACUACAUCAUCAUGAAGCGUGACGGCUUCCCAACCUACCAUUUCGCCAAUGUCGUCGACGAUCGACACAUGAAAAUCACCCACGUGAUCCGGGGAGCGGAAUGGCUCAUAUCAACGCCCAAACACGCCGAACUGUACCAUGCCUUUGGGUGGGGACCCCCAAAGUUCGCCCACCUAGGGUUGCUCGUAGACGAGCAAAGGCAAAAGUUGAGCAAACGGCACGCUGUCGCCGACAUGGGCUGGUACAAAGACAGACAUGUUCUUCCCGACGCCCUCCUCAACUUUGCCGCUCUGCUAGGCUGGCGCGGAGUCGAAAAGAAAAAAACACUGGGCCUGCAAGACAUCAUUGAUAACUUUUCCUUGAAGUUUACCAAAGGCGACAUUGUUGUCCCAAUGACGUCGCUGGACUAUUUACAAAACCAACAUCUCCGACGCCUGUGUGAAGACGACACACCAAAAAGCAAGGCCCUUUUUGAAAGUCACGUACUAAAUCCCUUGAAGAGAGCCAUCAAACUGUUCGAGUCCGCGAGGACAAGCGGUGAUGGGACCACCCCUGACGGCACCAUCGUCCCGCCAUUCGGCGAGCGGUUUGCCACGGUUCCUCUCUUAGAAGAUGAACGUUUCCGUCCCGAUCUUGUCGAGAGUGUAUUGAGUGCCAAAGCCGAGAAUAAUCAGACGCCGGAUCUCGCGGCACGGUUCCCGGUUGCCGUCUCUCACCUCAAAGCCUUCAUCUGGAAGAUACCACACGACGUCCUCAAAGCCUCUCUUGCACAGCUAGCAGCUGACACGAUUACGCUUCACGGUGCGCCCGCCAGACUGGAUCAAGUCAUGUCCCAUGUCAUAGAGAAUCUCGCCUCCGUGGAGGACGACGCUUGGGUUGUGGACAGACUUAGCCAGGAGCUUCAGCGUAUGGAGGAACCGGGAGAAGGGAAAGCACAUAUGCUAUUGAAGAUACUGCGGCGGGCGCUGCUUGCGUCGCCGAACGGCAUGCCAGUCGGUCGGGCGAUGGUGAUAUUGGGCAAAGACGAGACGUUGCGCCGACUUGAGGCCGCAAGGCUUGCUGCGGAAGAGACUGCUGUUCCAGCCGGCAGGGCAGUGCCCGCCUAGGGUGGGAGGAGAGUUCCCGGCGGCGCAAGCCUGGUAGGACCAAGACAAAUCUUCCACCCUGUAACAUGUAUAUUAGCGGUGGGCAAAUCUUGUAAGAGUAGAUAGAAUUACACGGAAGGCAAACUUGAGGAUGUCCUUCUAUGCGCAAAAUUCAAAUCCCAUACCCG